AGCCGGACCAAAGCUCAGCCAUGCGUGUUCUUCAGGUCGCUCGCGGCGGCGGCGCGCCACCUCGACGCCUGCUCUCCUCCGUGGGAGGCGCUGCGCGUGCGGCGGGGCCUGCCUCGCCGUGGCGCGGAGUUUGCUGCCGCCGGGGCCGCGCUGAAGGUGCCUCCCCUGUGGCUUGGGCGGUGGGAGGCGGUCGCAGUUGACAAGGGCUGCUAUCUCGGCAAUGAGGUCCAGGCAGAUCCCUGCCCCGGGGGGGGGUGUAUUCCUCUCUUGUGAACUCAGACCUCUCGCUCAUCUCCGUCGGCCACGGCGGGGGCUCCGUCCUCUCUUUCCGUCUACGUACUGCCUCCUCCCCCCACAUCAUUGAGAGGCGGAGCUCCAUUUGAGUCCCCAUCUCUCGGUGUCUAUCCCUCAGGUCCUCGUCCGCCUGUCGCGCGCCAAGCGGCAGAGGCUCGAGUUGUACGGCGUCGCGCUGAGCUGCGCGCCGGCCGAGGCGUCGCGCCACUGGGCCUCCCUUGAAACACGCACGGCUAGCCAUUCCUGUGUGAAGGGGGGAGGGGGGGGGGGAGGGGGGGGGG